AUGGUUGAAUUUGUUGGGAAUGAUAAUAAUGAGGAUGUAAUUGAGGAAGUAAACAUUACUAAUGAUGAAGAAGAAACUGGAGUAGAUGAUGAUGUAGUGACUCCUCCAUUUGUUGGGAUGGUAUUCCACAGUUGGGAAGAAGUGGACAAGUACUACAAAAGGUAUGGAAGACAACAAGGAUUUGGCAUACUCCGUGCUGCUGGGUCGUAUGUGCAAAAGGGUGGGGCAAAAUCAAAGGAACUGAGGGGAUACUUGUGGAAGUGUGAAUGUUAUGGUCGUGCAGUGUAUAGGCAUCGGGUUGAGGGGAAAAGGGUUUACUCAAUUAGGGAUAAGCUUUGCACUAAAAGGUCAAAGAAAUGUGAUUGUCCGGUUCUAAUGUAUUGCAACAGGACUAAGGAUGGGGAUUGGGUGGUUAAAAGGGCAGUUAAUGAGCAUAAGAACCAUUGUCCAACACCGAGGAAGUCUAAGUAUGUUCCUAGGUAUCGACAGGAAGACAUCAACUCUCUUGUAAAGAGGAAGAUGUUCAAUGACUACAACUCGGGUGCUAAUGUUCUUCAGAUAUUUAACUGUCUAGCUAGCGAGAGGAACGAAGUUGAGAAUGUGACAUUCACCAAAAAAUAUCUUCAAAAUAUUAUUUCUAGGGAUAAGGCAGAAAAGAUGAAGGUGGGAGAUUGGAAUGCAAUGUGGAAGUACUUUAAAGCGAUGUCUACUGAUAACGAAAAUUUCUUUCAUAAGCAUAGGGUGGGUAUGGAUAACAAAUUACAGGAUGUGAUGUGGGUAAAUGCUAGGAGUAGAGCUUCUUACGAAGAGUUUAGAGAUGUUGUAGUAUUUGACUCCACCUAUUUAACAAAUGAGUAUGACCUGCCAUUUUCUAACUUUGUUGGGGUUAAUCACCAUGGUCAAACCAUUCUUCUUGGGUGUGCAUUGUUAUCCCAUGAAGAUUCAGAGACUUUUGAAUGGUUAUUUACCACUUGGUUUUCAUGUAUGCCUAACAAAAAACCCAUAGGUUUUCUUAGUGACCAAGACGCUGCCACGAGGAAGGCCCUAUGA